CCACACGUGGGGCGCAAGGCGGUCCCCGUAAGGCACCGCCGCGUGGGCAGGACCGUGCCCGCCCAACCUGAGGGCUCCGCUAAACGGAGGGCCCGCCAGUCUCGUUCGGACCGCGACGCAGUCUACUUUUGUGCGUCGGUUUCAAUUCAAAGGCGACGCGGUGCGUUUAUCGGUUCAGAGUGAAUUCAAAUUUAAAAGUGAACGAGUUCAGAGUUUCUGAGCAGUGUGGUUGGGUGCUUCGAAGCAAAAUGAGACGCCACAACGUGGGGGUCACUGCCUUGGCCGCCACUAUUGUGUGGAUGACGAUGUGGCAAAUUACUGUAGCUGAUUGGUGGCAGUUAGGAUUUCCGACAACGAUGCCAACCACUUUGAACUUGACCCCCACAGCGCACAAAGAGCAGUGUAUGAAGAUGGAGUUUUUCGUGGACAAGCAGAAGGAACUUUGUGCUAAAUAUGAUAGAAUUUUACCUAUAAUAGCGAACGGGGCCAAGUUAGCGAUAGAAGAGUGUCAGAAUCAGUUUUCGUAUAGCCGAUGGAACUGUACGACUUUUCCUGAGAAGAAUAAUACAUUUGGGAAUGUAGCUACGAUAAAAAGUCGUGAAGCAGCUUACUUGAACGCAAUUUCAGCUGCCUCAGUAGCCUACUCAGUGGCCAGAGCCUGUACGAAAGGAGAAUUAUCAGAAUGGUGCUCGUGCGACAACAAAAUAAGACAAAGAAAAACGACAAAAUGGAAAUGGGGCGGUUGUUCGGACGAUAUCAGAUACGGUGAAAAAUUUUCCAGGGAAUUUCUGGACGUGCGAGAAGAUCAGAAUACUGCUUUGGGAUUGAUGAAUUUGCAUAAUAAUGAGGCUGGUAGGAGGGCGGUAAGAUCAAGAAUGCAAAGAACUUGUAAAUGUCACGGCGUCUCGGGAUCUUGCAGCACGCAAAUCUGUUGGAGACGCUUACCAACACUUCGGAAAGUGUCCGAAGGACUACAUAAAAGAUACGAAGGAGCAUCGCAUGUAAAAUACGUAGAAAGAAGACGAAAGAAAUUAAAAGUCAUUAGCCCUGACUUUAAAAAACCGAAUCGAACCGACCUAGUUUACUUGGAGGAUUCUCCUGAUUAUUGUGAAAAGAAUGACACGCUCAAUAUUUUGGGUACGAGAGGUCGUCUCUGUAACGUUACAAGUCAAGGAAUCGACGGCUGUCCUCUUCUCUGUUGUGGAAGAGGCUAUCAGACUCGAGUGAAAGAUGUUGAAGAAAAGUGCAACUGUCAUUUUGUGUGGUGUUGUAAUGUCGUGUGUAAUACGUGUCGGUCGAGAAGGGAAGAACACGUGUGUAAUUGAGUAGUAAUUUGUUGUCUUUUGUGAGAUAAUUGAGUAUCAUGAAACGGAUGAAUGUGAUCUGAUCAUGUGCCAAAAGGAAUAGACAUGUUAAUUUGUUAAUUUAUGAUAUUCAGCUGCAAAAGAGGCAUUCAGAUAUUUAUUUGUGUGUAAGACCGAUGUCGAAUAAACUUAAAUGAAGAGAUAGAUCGAUCUAAUAACUAACUACCUACAUUAUGAUAUCUACAAACACAUGUUAAGUAGGUAGAUUCCUAUCUACAAAAUUGGAAAGAAUAUUAAUGGCCGUCCAUAGUCCAAAAACUGCAUUUUCACUGAUGUUGAUCAAUAAAUAAUGGAUUGGUCAAAGUUCGUACCGAUUUAUGUGAUAGUAAAACUUUGAUAGAGAAUUGAAUUCAAACAAUCAUAAGCAACGAAUAUUCGUUAUAGUUUUUAUGAUUGUUGAAAAAUAGUUCACAAAAGUUGAAAUUCUUUUGAAACCCUCGAAUAGGUACUUUUAUACUUAUUUAUACCAACAUAGUUAUACAGUACUUAUCUAUCAACUGAUAAUAAAUUCUAGUAUAUUUGAGACAAUGUGGAACUUGUGGAAGUUUCCUUUGUUGAAUGCCGAUUAGUUUGGGUAAGUUAAAGAAUGUUAUUUUGAGAGAUUUUUCUACUUAGAUGUUUAUGUUAUAUUUGUACUUGCUGUUCCUGUUCUAUCAACUCUUGUAGAUGCAACACAAGCAUAACAUAUCUACAAAUUUCUUAAAAUUCUCCAGAGCCAAUAGCAUCCCAACUGAUAAUCAAAUAAUAAGCACCUAAUAAAAUUUUUCUGCUAUGACUAUGUUCAAAACAAAAAUAGAGCAAAAUAUCCCUUCAUUAUUUGUUAACAUUGUAGAAUUUCAUCGUAAAGGGAAUCAGAUCAUGUUCAUCCUUCCUGAUAAGAUUUAAAAAUAAGUUUUUCAAUUCAUUAUUUGCUUGAGCGAAAACUUCAAAGUUUUAAAUCUUCUCAGACGAAACCAGAAUAGUCUUGAAUCCGAAGCUUUAUUUAUUUUUUAUUAAUGAUAGCCUAUACAUAUCUUUCUACCUAAAAUAAUUAUUCUUGCAUUUAGAUUUUUCACAUUCGCUUUUUGUACUAUUUAUAUACCUACUUAACAAUCUAGAUACAAUUUUUAUAUGUUUUGAACUUGUUAAAUCACAAUAAAAAUUAUCUAUUGAAAGAUCUGAUAUUUUCUAACCUUUUCAAAUGUACUUAAAAUUCGUAUGUAUGUACUUAUUUAAAAUUAUUUAAGUAACUUUAAACGUAGACUCUUUGUAUAUAGUAUUGUAACGACUCUCCAUUUUGUUUUUCUAUUGAACAAUUCGUACAGGCCCUUUCUUAUAUAUUAUUAUCCCCAUUCAGCUACAAUGCAUAACAAUAUUUUCCAAAAAAGUCAAGCCUGAGAGUCGCAAAACACACAACUUAGAAUUAAAAAAACCCAUUUUGUAUUUUACGAAUUUAUAUAGAGCUCUGUAAAUAGAAUUUUUAAUAUAUUUGAUAUAGUCUGUAAGUCCUUUUUUUAGUAGCUAGUGAUUUAUAGAUAUUGUAAAUAGUUUCUGUUUUUAGUGUAUAAUGUAAUAGGCGCUUUUGAUCACAUCAUCUGAAACAGUACAGAUUUUUAAAUGGUGCCAUAAAACUGAACAAUUUUGACAUCAAAUUUAAGCAUUCUUAACACAGAUAACUAUUAAAAGGCCAUUAUGUCUAAGAUUUAUUUGAUUACAGAUCAUGAGCCAUUGAUUAGUUGACUUGACAAUCAAUGUGGUGAAACCUAAUUUAUCUCGAGCAAGCCGAAAAUGAUGUUUCUCUGUUUGAUAAAUGUAAAUAUCUUGCCAACGAAUCUGCAAAUAACCCAUUACAGUUUCCUGAUGAACGUUAAAAAAAAUAUCCCUUGUGUAGACUUUCAAAAUGUAACCCGAUGAUAUUAUUAUAAAAGUACCUCUUAGAAAAUUGACUUUGUACUAUUGUAUUUAUUAAUUUAAAUGUUGAUUGUAUGAAUAUAUGCAGUAUUAUUAAAAUCUUUGUGUAGAA